UGCCCGGGCCGAGGUGCUGGUCAUGACACGUGGGAACUUUGCUUCAGAUCCACGCCGCCGCUGAAGGGUCUUAAGGCUUGGGACCGGAGACUCUGGUCGCCACUGGCACAGAGAAGGAAAAGGGCGGAAAGCGGGAACAGCCUGGACGGGGUGCGCCGUGCGCGUCCACCUAACUUGAAGAACGCGUCUCCAGUUUGGCCCAAACUCGCGGUCUGUGAAAGGGGCGGAGUAGGUGGAAGCAAGAGCCAGGUUAAAGAGAUUUCUCCGCCGAUGCAGUGCAGUUAAAUCUGGGGUACGCACGGUUUUUUUAAAAGAAAAAAAAAAUGAAGAGAUUAAGGUUGAAGGAACUAGAGAGUCGCCUGCAACAAGUGGCUGGAUUCGAAAAUCCCAAACUACUUCUAGAACAAUAUCCGACCAGGCCGCACAUUGCAGCUUGUAUGCUCUAUACAAUCCAUAACACAUACGAUGACAUUGAAAAUAAAGUUGUUGCGGAUUUAGGAUGUGGUUGUGGAGUGCUUAGCAUCGGAACUGCAAUGUUAGGAGCAGGAUUGUGUGUUGGAUUUGAUAUAGAUGAAGAUGCACUGGAAAUAUUUAAUAGGAAUGUGGAAGAAUUUGAUUUAACAAAUAUUGACAUGGUUCAAUGUGAUGUGUGCUCAUUAUCUAACAAAAUGUCCAAGUCCUUUGAUACGGUAGUUAUGAAUCCUCCCUUUGGAACAAAAAAUAAUAAAGGGACAGAUAUGGCUUUUCUGAAGACUGCUUUGGAAAUGGCAAGAACAGCAGUAUAUUCUUUACACAAAACCUCAACUAGAGAACAUAUUCAAAAGAAAGCUGCAGAAUGGAAAAUCAAGAUAGACAUCAUUGCAGAGCUGCGAUAUGACCUUCCAGCAUCAUACAAAUUUCAUAAAAAGAAAUCAGUGGAUAUUGAAGUGGACCUAAUUCGGUUUUCUUUUUAAAAACUCCAAAGACAAAAGCAGCUUAAAAUCUAAUUAAAAUGAAUAAAAAUUUUGUUUCCUAA